UGUUCAUGUGAGCGCGUUCGUGACUGCGGGCCAGCUCGAAUACACGUUUGAUACGGUGCCGUGGGUCGAAUAGAAAAAGAGAUUAGGCGUGUGUGUGCUGAUUUUGGGUUUGGCAACGUGAGCUUGCCGGAAGUAGCCGCUGUUUAGCUCCAGUAGCUCGCGGUGCGUCGGGGUCGGCGUCGAUGAUGCCGGGGAGACCGGAGAGCAUCUGGCGCCGGCUGCUCUGCUCCGGGACAGGCCGAAGUCGUCCGAUGCUGUGACUUGUUACCCGGUGACAGCCCUCAACAUGGUGGACUUGUGCCCGGGCGGCACGAAGAAGGCGUCAAAAAAGUCCCGAACGAGGAGAAGCAGACGAGGUCGCCGUCGUCGGAGUAAAAAGAACAACAACAACAACAACAACAACAACAACAGCAGCAGCAAUAAUAAUAAUGAAAGAGCGCCAGCAUUUCUCCCACCAGAGGCUGAAGAAGGAAACAUCGAAUAUAAGCUGAAGCUGGUGAACCCCACCCAGUACCGCUUCGAGCACCUGGCCACGCAGCUCAAGUGGCGUCUGCAGGAGGGCCGCGGCGAGGCCGUCUACCAGAUCGGCGUGGAGGACAACGGGCUGCCGGUGGGCCUGAGCCGCGCCGACAUGGCCGCCUCCGUUGGAACCUUGCGCAAGAUGGCCGACAAGGUGGGCGCCGACAUCACGCUGCUUCGAGAGAGGCAGGUGGACUUUGACGCGGACGGAAGCGGGCGCAGGAUCGCCGAGAUCCUGGUGCGGAAGGUUCCCGAUGACCAGCAGUUCCUGGAUCUGCGCGUGGCCGUGCUGGGCAACGUGGACUCGGGGAAGUCCACGCUGCUGGGCGUGCUGACGCAGGGCGAGCUGGACAACGGGCGGGGCCGAGCGCGCCUCAACCUCUUCAGGCAUCUCCACGAGAUCCAGACGGGACGCACGUCCAGCAUCAGCUUCGAGAUCCUGGGCUUCGACAGCAGAGGAGAAGUGGUCAACUACAGCGACUCCCGCAGCGCCGAGGAGAUCUGCGAGAGUUCCUCCAAGAUGAUCACCUUCAUCGACCUGGCGGGACAUCACAAGUACCUGAAGACCACCGUCUUCGGACUCACCAGCUACUGCCCGGACUUCGCCAUGCUGGUGGUCAGCGCCAACACCGGCAUCGCGGGUACCACCAGGGAGCACCUGGGCCUGGCCAUGGCGCUGAAAGUUCCCAUCUUCAUCGUGGUCAGCAAAGUGGACGUGUGUUCCCGGGUGGGCGUGGAGCGAACGCUGCGGCAGCUGGAGCGACUCCUCAAGCAGCCGGGAUGCAACAAGGUUCCGCUUGCGGUCCACACGCCCGACGACGCCGUCACCGCCGCGCAGCAGUUCGCCCCCGCAGCGUGUGUGACGCCCAUCUUCACACUGUCCAGCGUGUCGGGAAAAGGUCUGGACCUCCUCAAGGUCUUCUUGAAUGUUCUUCCACCUCUCAGCAACAGCAAAGAGCAAGAAGAACUCAUGCAGCAGCUCACUGAGUUCCAGGUGGACGAGAUCUAUUCUGUUCCUGAUGUUGGCACGGUGGUGGGCGGGACUUUGUACAGCGGGGUGUGCCGCGAGGGCGAGCGCCUGGCGGUGGGCCCCACGGACGCGGGCGGCUUCCUGCGCGUGAAGGUUCUGUCCAUCCAGCGGAACCGCGCCACCUGUAGGCUGCUGAGGGCGGGGCAGGCGGCCACGCUGGCGCUGGGCAACCUGGACAGGACGCUGCUGCGCAAGGGCAUGGUGAUGGUGAGCCCCAAGAUGAAGCCCACCGUCUGCUGCCACUUCGAGGCGGCCAUCGUUCUUCUCUUCCACGCCGGAACCUUCCGCCGAGGCUCGCAGGUCACGGCGCACGUGGGCAACGUCAGGCAGACGGCCGUCGUGCAAAGGGUGCACGGGAAGGACGAGCUGAGGACGGGCGAGCGAGCCGUGGUAGCGUUUCGCUUCCUCAAACAUCCCGAGUAUCUUCGGACCGGCGCCAAACUUCUCUUCAGAGAGGGAGUCACCAAGGGCAUAGGACACGUCACAUGCCUCCUGACCGCAGAACACAACCAGAACCACUAGAACCAGAACCACUACAACUACACUAUCAGAACCAGAACUCCUAGAACAGAACCACCACUACCCAAACCGUCAGAACCAGUACAAUAAAACUCUACAACCACAACCAGAGGCAUUGGAACCAGCAGAACCACAAGAACCAAUACCACUAGAGCCACCAAAACUAGUACUACAAGAUCUAACAGGACCAGAAUCACUAGAAAAAAAAAUCUGAACCACUAGACCCAGUACCACCAGAACAAAAACCACCACAACCUGAGCUAUCAGAGCCACUAAAAACAAACUCUAUAACCACAACCCGACGUAUUGAAACCACCAGGAACCAAAACCACAACCUGAACAAUCAGACCCACUAGAAACAAACUGCAACCAGAGCCACAAAGAACCAGUCCACCGAAGACAAUCAGAAUCAGUCGAAUCUGAGCUCACAUGGCGUGUGGUGUGCCACCGCCCCCCCCCCCCCCCGCCCCCCCCGUCCUUCAUCUUCUCCACUAAUCUGGCGCUGAUCCGGAUUAUUUCCGAGUGGCCCUCCAAGAAGAUUUGGACUCAACUUGGUGGACCAGGCCUUCUUCAACUUUGACUCUGUUUUUUAUGUUAGCACUUUAUGACACACCACGGCCAUGUCGGCAGCCACGUUGAAUGGUCGCCGUAAAAAAAUCUGUGAAUGAAUUGUUGCUUGUGCAGUCCAAAAGGAGAAUGUUGAAUGUAUUCCUAUGUGAAAUAUGAAAUGAAAAGAUUGAAGUUUGUUGUCAACAAUGACUUUGAAAUCAAUUUAGCGUACUAGCCUAACCUAGGAUGUGACUAGCAUGCUAGAAAAGGUCACUUGUAGUUUUGCAAAUGAUUUCAUUCGGUCCUGAAACUAAGAUGUUUGAUGUUUGUUUUCCAGAAACAGCAUCAAUAAAUAAUAAAAAUGCUAACCAAG